AUGACGCGCUUCUGUUCCAACCUCCGCGACUCGCUCUCGUGGCUGAGCGAUUCGUGGAUCACCAUCAACCCGUGGACGAUCCAGCGGUGCUCGUGGCGGACCGGCUGCCUCCCUGCAGAGUGCGAGAUGCAGCUAGAGCACGUGGGGGUGGCUGCUGAUGCUGACGAGGAGGCCGGGAACAAGCUCGAGGAGGAGCUGGGCAACGUCGGCGCGUUGAUCCGCCACCUCAACGUCGGCUCGAGCACAAUGCCGGCGGCGGAGUUUGUCGCCGUGGACGACAUGGAGCCGACAUGCGACGAGCUGGGGAAGGACCUGCUGGCGGUCGAGCUCGCCAGGGAGGCGUCGGCCUAUUCUUGGGACCAGCCCAUCCUGUUCGCCGGUGUCUAUGAGGACACCGACCCGGUGACGCGCGAGGCAAGGCGCAACGCGAGGGCGGCCUGCGAAAUGCUCAACGGCUACUCGCGGGCCAUCGGGAUCGAGCCGUGUGACCUUUGCCACCUCUUCGACAUCAGCAACUUGAUCAUUGUGGAGCGGCUCGAGAGGGCAAGCCCUCGUUCCGAUCUGAAUGGGCCCGCCGCCGUCCCACCUCCGGAGCCUGCUCGUCGUGGUCGCGUCCUUCCGGCAUUGGUGACGACUCCGUCGCGCUGUGAGCAGUUGACCAAUGGUGGCAUCACCGCGGCCAUGGGAGGCUACCCUGAUUCGGCCGAAUGGUUCCACAACAAAGUGAUGAUAUGA